AUGACAACUAGUUAUGUAUCAAAUGUCUACAUUGAUUUGCCAUCUGAAAAUCGGAAGAAAUCAAAAUUAUUCAUUGGAAUACUUCAUGUCAUUCUCGGAGGAAUAAUUGGAUAUUUAUCGACAAGGAUUACUUUCAAUAUCACAAUCUGUCUGUUUCUCGUCAUUCUCUCCUUCAUGUUCUCAAUUAAUUCAUAUAAUUAUUUAACUGUGAAUUCAUAUUUAUUAUGUGAACAUCGAUGGUACAAAUGGGAAUUCCAAGAAUCGAGAGGCAUCAUUUGCCACGUCAUCAGAAGACGACGUCAUCUCUCGAAUCCCUCGGAAAUUCUGAAUUCUUCGUCUUCUCAAAAAGGAUAUUUCCAAUAUGAAGAUGAUAUUCAAUUGGAUCAGAAAUAUUAUAACGAAUAUUUGAAGCAUUGA